AUGGAACUUCCUCAAGCAAGUUAUGGUUACGAAAUGUGUCUAUCCGAAAAGUUCUGGUGUCCAGAAUUCAGCUUGGAGGCAGUAAUAGCACUCCAAAGCCACUUUGAAGCACACGACACCGACAUCUUUGUCAUCAACAUGCCAAAAACUGGAACCACUUGGUUCAAGUCUCUUCUAUACACACUGUUAAACAGGUGUGACAACCACCACCUUUCAAACACCCCAUUGCAAACAUAUAGCCCUCACGAGCUUAUUUCAAGCCUUGAGAUCAUGAUCUAUACCAAGGAUAAAACCCCUGACUUGACCAAAAUACCACCACCUAGGCUAUUCUCAACCCACCUCCCAUAUGCUUCCCUCCCAGAAUCAGUGAAAAAUUCCAAGUGUAAGAUCAUUUAUGUUACUCGCAAUCCCUUUGACACCUUUGUUUCCUCUUGGCUUUACUACUCCAAGUUGGAGAAACUUGAUAUUCAUACUUCUAGGGAUGACUACUUUGACAAGUUUUGCCAGGGGAGGAGCCUUUAUGGACCUUUCUUCGACCAUGUUGUGGGAUACUGGAAAGAGAGUUUGGAGAGGCCACAGAAAGUACUCUUUUUGAAGUACGAAGAUUUGAAGGAAGAUGGUGCAUUGCAGUUGAAGAGGGUGGGUGAAUUCGUGGAACACCCAUUUUCAAAACAAGAAGAAGAACAAGGAGUGGUACAAGGUAUAAUAAAUCUUUGCAGCAUAGGGAGUUUGAAGGAAAUGGAGGUUAAUAAGAAAGGAAAAUGUGAUCCUGAUUUUGACAACAAAAGUUUCUUUAGAAAGGGUGUGGUUGGAGAUUGGGUUAAUUACCUUACACCUCCUAUGGUUGAACGUCUAACUAAAAUCAUGGAUGAAAAUUUCAAUGGUUCCGGGUUAAGUUUUUGA